AUGUACGGCUUCCGCCCACAUCGCUCUGCUCAGGACAUCCUCCUGCAACUCCAUCGUGACGUUCUCGAACCGGUCGAACAUCCCAGUGACGACAAGGUAGUCCUCGCCUUAGAUCUCAAGGGAGCUUUCGAUAACGUUACCCAUGACAUCAUCCUUACCAACCUAUCACAAACAAACUGUGGGCAUAAUGCUUUUAGGUACGUCCGCCAAUUCCUCAUAGAACGGCAGACAUACCUGCGUAUUCAAGACAAGGAGCAUGGACCGUACACCCUCGGUACGCGCGGAACACCACAGGGAGCAGUCCUCUCUCCUCUUCUGUUCAAUCUUGCCAUGGCUCACCUUCCCUCAUUGCUAAACGAUGUCCCAGGCGUGCAGCACGCUCUGUACGCCGACGACAUCACGCUAUGGGCAACUCAGGGUUCCCUUGGUAGCAUCGAGACAUGCCUGCAACAUGCCGCGUCGAUAGUUGACAGCUACGCCCGCGGAUGCGGUCUCGAAUGCUCACCCACCAAAUCGGAAUACGUGCAUCUUCGCCCCAAACCGAACAACACGACACAAAUUGAACUGACCUUGUGUAACAGGGCCAUUCCGGAACGCGACGAAAUCAGAGUCCUGGGACUCUUCAUACACAAACACCGCAAAAUUGACACGACUCUGCGCAAACUACGCACUGUGGGGGAUCGGGUGGGCCGCAUGAUCCGCCGGGUUUUGAACAAGCGAGGAGGUCUUAAGAGCCGUGCUGCUCUGCGCCUCGCCAACGCUUUCGUGACCAGUCGGAUCCUUUAUUCGACACCUUACCUGCGUCUGCGUAAAUGCGACGAGAAUACACUAGACUGUAUACUCCGCAAAAUUUACAAACGUGCCGUAGACCUCCCCAUCUCAACGUCGAACCAACGUCUCGCAGACCUGGGCAUGACAAACACGUAUGGGGAACUUAAAGAGGCUCAUCUCAAUAACCAGUACCUGCGCCUUAGUAGGUCUCAGGAUGGGAACAACCUCCUACACCGCCUCCACAUUUCCAACACCCACAAGGUGGAAGAGCAUACCGCGAUCCCCGAGGAUUGGCGCGGUGCACUGAUCAUUCCGCCUCUGCCCCAAAACAUGACAAAUGGGACUCACGAUGGGCGGCGUACAGCGCGGGCUACAACCCUACAGCAACGGUAUGGCUCACGCCCGGGAGUUUUCUACACGGACGCAUCCGGCCCCCACCACGGCGGGUGGUACACGGCCGCUGUGGUUCACCAAAACGUACCUAUUCAAGGGCUCACCUUUCGAGCACCGGACAUCACACACGCGGAGGAGGUCGCCAUAGCCCUCGCCGCAGCGGACCCCGCAUCUCGGAUAAUUAUUACCGAUUCGCGGAGGGCGUGCCAAAAUCUCACACGGGGUUGCAUCAAUGAUCGCGCCGCCGAAAUCCUUAAGCGAUGCUAUUAUCUAGAUCACACAAAUCCACGCACCGUCAUCUGGACUCCUGCUCAUACGGGGCUAGUUGAAAACGAGGCUGCAGAUGCCUCGGCCCGCGCGCUUAAUUACCGGGACCUGCCUCGCCCUACAUCGCCUGAUGUUCCAGAACCCAAUCCGGCUACCUCUUUCAGAGAAAUCACCGCUAUGUACAAAUCGAACAGGCUCCGCUUCCCACCCCCAGCAUCGGGCCUGCCCAAGAAGGACGAGCGCUGGCUCCUCCGUCUCUAUACCAAUACAAUAUUGUGCCCGGCGAUACUCAAACAUUUCAAUACGGCAUUCUCUGGGGAAUGCCCGCACUGUGACCAUUCGUUCGCGGAUACUUUCCAUAUGGUGUGGGCAUGCCCCUCAAAUCUGGCGGUCCCGCCACUUUCUGAUAAAUUAAGGGCUGCCAAAAAGGGCCCGUGA